CUCCGUAAUACCACUAGCGCCCUUGAAGACACCACUGUAACUUCACUAAAAAUGCUGUUGGUUUACGGUGGCUAACCAAAUGAAUUUCCUAAAACUACGAAUUCGGUUGUAGAGGUUUAGGGUUUUAGAUAAGAGAAAUUGUUCACUUCUGCUAAGAUUUCAAUCGAUGUUCACUCUAACCGAAGCCCCGAUAUGCCAUUAAGGCCCUUUUCAGGUAAUGCACACACAUCCUCUUCAUCUCCCUCGCUGGUUGAAACCCUAGGUUCUGUGAAGAGUAACUAAAAUUUGUAACACGGGCUAACUCAUGGAAGAAAUAAGAAAUUCACCAUUUUCAAUUAAUGAAGACAGAAUCAGCAAUUUACCAGAUCCCUUGAUACAUCAGAUCCUUUCUUUCUUGGACAUGAAAUAUGUAGUCCAAACAAGCACUUUGUCUAGAAGAUGGAGGUACGUAUGGUCUGCUAUCUCAACUUUAAACUUUGACCCUGAUGCAUUCAAAGAUCUUAAUGUUGUGCCGUGGGAGAAAUUUAUCAAUUUUGUGGAUAAGGUACUCACUUUGAGAGACAAUUCUGACAUACAAAAGUUUCAUCUUAAGUGGGAUUACAUGAAUGAUUUAAUACCGAGGCAUCUAAAUACAUGGAUCACUGCUUCCAUCAAGCGUAAUGUUCACGAAAUAUCGGUUGAUGUGGAUUGUGGUGAUUUGGUAUUAACGCUUCCCAACAGUCUCUUUAGUUCUAAAUCUUUGACAAAGUUGGUACUAAAAUUCGGCGGAUCAGACUCAGAUAUCACUCUUCCUAGCUCGAUGAGUUUACCUAGGCUUACAUCUUUGUCGCUCUGUUCGUUUCGUACGAAAGAUGUAAACUUAGUUAAUGAGCUCAUCUCGAGUUGUCCAGUUCUUGAAUCGCUUCUAAUAAGAGAUUUUUUGAUGGAAGCUGGCGAUGAUUCAAUUGUUAUUAUCGAGUCUUCUGGACUGAAGCACCUUGAGAUAUGCAAUGAUGGAUCUCUUGCUCAGCCUCAUUAUAAUAUGGCCAAGAUUAUCAAAUUAGUUACUCCAAAUCUCACAUCCUUCAUAUGCAAAGAUUACAUGUUACAAGAAUAUUAUAUACAGAACCUUUCUUCUCUAGUCACUGCUGAUAUCAAACUGAGAGAAGUAGAAGAUGGAGAUGUUGCAUGGGGAGAAGAAGCAAUAGACUUGGAGCUUUCUGCAGAAGUUAUUGAAGAACUUUUCCCGAAGCGUAUUAUGAAAUUUUUGAGGGCGCUCCAUAAUGUUCUGUCACAAGUUCCUAACUUAUUGGGCAGGCAACCCGCUGAAUUUUGUAAUCUACAGCUUUUGAAGCUGGAAACUUGCCUUACAAUAGGCUGCUUGUGUGCAAUAACAUACUUACUUAAGAUCUCACCUAAUAUUGAAUCUCUGUUCUUAACAUCAAAAGAGUGGAAUUUGGCAGACGUUGAUGAUUGGGAAGUGACGUUGUCAUCACCGCAUAUGUUCUCGCAUCUCAAGUAUAUUGAGUUUAGAGAAGUUUACGGAUGUCAAAAUGAAUUUAGGUUUCUGGAGUUUUUGUUCAAGAAUGCCGCCGUACUUGAGGAAGUGGUUCUGUUUCUCUAACAGAGCACCGUCACCUGAUGCCGUUGACUGUCGUGAUAAAACGAGGCGAAUGAAGAAGUUCGGUGAUAAGUUAAGAAUGCUUCCAAGAGCUUCACCAACUUUGACAAUGCUGUUCUUUUAAUCUUAUUAACUUUGAUAUCAGUAUCCUUACUAUGAAAUCAAGGAUACUGAUAUCUUGGCAGCAUUCCGAGUUACUCCUCAACCUGGAGUUCCACCUGAGGAAGCAGGGGCCGCGGUAGCUGCCGAAUCUUCUACUGGUACAUGGACAACUAUGUGGACCGAUGGACUUACCAGCCUUGAUCGUUACAAAGGAAGAUGCUAUGACAUCGAUCCCGUUGCUGGAGAAGACAAUCGAUAUAUUUGUUAUGUAGCUUAUCCUUUAGACCUUUUUGAAGAAGGUUCUGUUACUGACAUGUUUACUUCCCCGAAACAA